UCGAGCGGCACACGACGUUUACAAAAAUAUCGCGUCGGACCAAAGUAAAUCAUACAAUAAUAUUGUAUAUUCUUAUUAUUCAGAUCUUAUUUAUUUCGGAUCCGCCGUUUCCGGCACAUCUCGUCGUCGUCGUCGGCGACCUGACUUGACCCAACCCACAGCACGCGGCCGUCGCCGUCGGUUCCCGAUUUAUACAGCCGCCGAUCGAGGAGCAGGGCUUUUUUUCCGUCCCAAAAAUCGCGCAUUAUUCCAUACGAUACUACAACCCCUUUUCGCUCACCGACGCCACACGCGCACGUUUGUACCGCGAUUUUCACAACUACUUCGAGUCGUCGCCGUCGUCGUCCGCACACACACCGGUGUUGUACGCAACAGGCUUUUGAUCCUCCGCCGCCGCCGCCUUAAUACACCAACGGCACGCAAACGGCGUACACGCGUGUACAUUUAACACCGUCCGUCUGACUACCGGAUAACCGCGAAAAAGGAUUAACCUAAGUGGCGGAAUGCAGAAUGUUUUAGGGAGGAUAGCGGCCGCAUUGGUUAUUUUAUGUCCAGUUAUUGUCUUUUCAAUACCGGAGUCUGCUAUUCAAGCGUCAUCAAUCAAAUCCAGUCAAACUGAACAAGAUAACUCGGACUACACCAGGUCUUUCGACGAAGAUCAAGAGGAGAAACGGGCAUGGCGAGAUUUGCAGACGGCUGGUUGGGGCAAACGUGGUUGGCAAAACUUAAAGACCACGUGGGGCAAACGGGCACAGGACUGGCAGAAUUUGCACUCGUCGUGGGGCAAGAGGCAGGGCUGGCAAAAGUUACACGGCGGAUGGGGAAAGCGCGGAUGGAAGGACAUGCAGUCCGGGGGCUGGGGAAAGAGGUUUAAGGAUCAGCCCGCCAGUGGUCAAUUGCCUCAGUUUGACGAGUACUUAGACAAAUACGAAGAUGAAAAUCCUAAUGAUGUAGAAAAACGAUCAUGGGACAAUUUCCAGGGAUCUUGGGGAAAAAGAGCAGCUGAUUGGACAAGCUUUAGAGGUUCGUGGGGGAAAAGAAAUCCCGUGGACUACAUGAACGAGUACUCAGGAUACGGAGACAGCGAUAAUUACAAAGCUUAUAUUUUUCCGCCAGGUUACAAUAGUUAUUUACCCAACUUCCAAACGGAAUACGAAAAAUGAGACGUCAAUUCUCAAUUUUUGAAAGUAUACUACCACGAAAAAAAUAUUAACUAUUAGCCCUAAACUUACAGACUAUAUUAUACUUAUAUCAGAUUGUGAAAUAAAAUUAAUAUAUGUACCUAUGCCUCCGUAAUAAUAUUAUUACAUUCAAGUAAUCAAUUAAAAAUAUUUUUGUGCAUUUA